UGGAAACAGAGCCUCACAAUAUGAGAGAUGACAAACAGCAGGAAGAAGAAAAUACGUGGUGGUCCAUGGCUUAGGAGACAGGAGCAGCUAUGGCUGACUCCACAGGUGAUCCAGAGACAGGCAAAGAUGUGGAAGAUCUGACAAAAAGCUUGGAGGAACUCUGUGAGAGCUCUAAGGAGCAGAGUGAGGAGGUGCUACUGCUUUCACACCUAGAACAGCAUCAUCAUCUUGUCUCUGUACUGAAGGGGAAAGUGGAUGAACACAAACGCUGCAGAGACCUGGAGCAGCUCAACAUGGAGCUGGAGAAACUGAGGGGAGAGGAUGCUGUGAAAAUUAAAACCCAGACCCACUACAUUCAGUAUUUGGAGGGGCACUUCACAGAUCUGGUCAAAAACCAUGAAAAGAUGAUCCAGUUCAAAAAUGAGCACAAAAACCAGCACCUGCAGCUGUGGGAGGAGAGCAAGCGCCUGCAGCAGGACAGGGAAGCACUCUUCAGGGAGGCUGUGAGGGGGAAGGAAGCUGAAAUGCUCCAGCUGGCAGCCCAGGCCAGGAGGCUCUCACAGCAGUUCUGCUCCUUGCAGGAGAAAUAUGCUUCUGAGAGUCACAGAGCCCAGGAGCGAGAGAAGGAGCUGCGGGAAGCUCAGAGCCAACUAGCAGAUGCCUAUGCCCAGGAGGUGGAUUCAUUCAAGAGGCAGCCGCAGCUCCUACAGGAGAGGCACCAACAAGCUGCUGCAAGGGUCGAGCAGGCAGAGAGCCAGCAGAGGGCUCAGGGCAGUGAGCUGCAGGCCAAGCUGGAAAGGGCACAUGAAGAGAAAGAGCAGCUACUGAACCUGGCCAUGGAGAGGAGCAAAGCUCUGCAAGAUAAGGAACGGGAGAUUCAGAAGCUGGAGGAGAAGCUAGAGACUGUGGAAGGAGCCAUGCAGAGAGCAGGAAGGUGCCUCAAGAAAGAGGCAGCAGCAGCAGCAGACAGAGAUCUGAAGGUUCAAGAGCUCCAAGGACAGCUAGAACACAGCAAGCAGGCGUACAAUGAACUCUUGCUGCAGUUCAAUGCUUACCGAAAGCACAGUAUGGAUUUGCUGACUAAGGAGAGAGCUCUGAACAUCAAACUACAUCACUUUGCUGCAUAACUGCAGUUUUUUUCUCUGUUCUCCUCUCAACAGGUGCCUCUGUGGUAACACACGCCUGAAUUUUGUUCCUCUCCAUGGGACCAUCUCCUCUGGUUCCUUUGUACUGUCCUCUCCAGC